UCAGGAUUGCUGUCACGGGCGCCUCUGGCGUCGGCAAGUCCUCUUGGAUCAACGCCUUGCGCCGCCUGUUGCCCAACGACAAGGACGCCGCCGAAACGGGCGUGACAGAGACUACCAUGAAGCCGACAAUGUACAGGUUCCGUGGGCGGUCGACUGGGCCGUUGCGUCGCGCUUUGGACCGUGUAUUCGAGGGCGGCAAGCGGCUCGUCAACGCGGUCAUUCCAUUCAAAAAGGAACAGGGCAUGGAGAAUUUUAUCAGCCUCGGCGACCGCGUGCUCGUCUCUGGGCUCGGCAGAAAAAACAUCAAGGACGGCUCUCUGGCAGAGGUGGUUGGCGUUUAUCCUGAUGGCGACAUCGAGGUGCAGCUGGUCGAAGGCGGCAGGUUUGCACGAUGCAGGCGUAACCAGGUGGCCGGGAUCCUGCCAGAGUGCGUGCUCUUCGACCUGCCGG